AUGGGCUCUGCCAAGCGGCCAAGGGAUGAGCUGGGGCCCGCCUUCCCAAUGGCAUCUCCCCCUGGUCUGGAACUGAAGACACUGAGCAAUGGUCCCCAGGCCCCAAGGAGACCAGCUCCUCUGGGUCCAGCGGCCCCACGCAGGGAGGGUGUGGAGAAUGCCUGCUUCUUUUCGGAGGAGCACGAGACUCAUUUCCAGAACCCUAGGGAUGCCAGACUGGGCAGCUCCCCCAGCCCCCCCGAGGGCGUCCCCUCAUGGCCCCGAUCCCAGAGGGACGACCUGUCCCUGCGUUCAGAAGAGGGGCCAGGCCUGGAGCCUGUGAGCCGCCCGGUGGAUUACGGCUUCGUUUCCGCUCUGGUUUUCCUGGUGAGCGGGAUCCUCCUGGUGGUGACUGCGUACACCAUCCCCCGAGAGGCCCGUGUCAACCCGGACACAGUGUCAGCACGGGAGAUGGAACGACUAGAAAUGUACUAUGCGCGCCUGGGCUCACACCUGGACAAGUGCAUCAUUGCAGGCCUGGGGCUGCUCACAGUGGGCGGCAUGCUCUUGUCUGUGCUGCUGAUGGUCUCCCUGUGCAAGGGAGAGCUGUACCGCCGGCCGAACUUCGUCCCUGGCAGGGGCUCCAGGAAGACCUACGGCUCCAUUAACCUGCGCAUGAGACAGCUCAGUGGGGAUGGGAGCCAGGCCCUGGUGGAGAAUGAAGUCGUCCAGGUCUCGGAGACCAGCCGCACCCUCCAGGGGUCUUAA